CUCGUGUAUUUGGGUUAUUCACGCAUGCAUGAAUGAAAAAGUAAUUUAGUUAGUAAAUUUUAGUCUUCCAAAACCCUAGCUGCCUGGUGUCUCUUUCUCUUCGGCGUCAACCGUCUUCACUGCCAGCGAAGGGAGAUAACUCUCUGGGUGCUCUUAACAAUUGGUGCUCUCGUUCUUCCGAACUCCGAGGAUGUCUGGCGACGAAUCCCCUUCCUCUCCGUCGCAUGUCAAUCAAGCUCUGGACGACAUGCGGCUCGCGAUUCAAAACCUAGCUUUGGAAAUUCGUACCUCUCGGCAGGAUCAUCAGGCGCUUGCACAAUGCGUCGAUGCUCUCUUUGAACCACGCGGGUUUAACCCUCCUACGCCUCGGGGUGGGUUUCACAUCCCUCCAACAGGUCCUCGGCGGCCUCCUCCAGGAUUUCCGCCAGAGGGUGCACACGAUGCCCUAACACCGAAAGUCCGUUUUGAUGCUCCGAAGUUUAACGGCUCUGAUCCCGCAGGGUGGGUGUUCAAGGUACAAUCCUAUUUUGAUUAUUUUCGGACCCCGGAAGAUGUGCGUCUUCGGCUGGUGGGUCUUCUCUUUGAAAGCCCGGCGUCCGACUGGUUUCUCUAUCAAUAUAACAACAAUUGCAUUACGACGUGGCCGGCUUUCCUGGAGGCUGUGAAACAACGGUUUGAUCCUUCCCACUACGAGGAUUAUAUGGGGCUUUUGUGUAAGUUACAGCAGCGCACGUCCGUGAUUGACUAUCAAGCUGAGUUCGAACGUCUAUUAAAUAAAAUUACUGGAGUCCCGGAGGCCACGUUGGUCUCCAUCUAUGUGGCGGGUUUCCGGCGAUUCGUGAUUGUUUUCUUCGACGACAUUCUCAUUUAUAGCCCUUCGGUCGAGUUACACGGGUCACAUCUCCGGGUCACCUUGGACAUUCUGGCCACCCACCACUUCUUUGUCAAAUUGGAGAAGUGCACGUUUUGCCGCGACACGGUCCCAUAUUUGGGGCAUAUGGUCGCUAAUGGUGAGUUACGGGCUGAUCCAUCCAAGCUGGAAGCUAUGGCGCAGUGGCCAGUUCCUAGGACCGUCAAGAGCUUACGCGGGUUUUUGGGGUUAACGGGGUACUACAGGCGAUUCAUCCGUUCAUAUGCUAUGAUCACAGCCCCAUUAACCUCUUUGUUACAGAAAAACAGCUUUGUGUGGACGCCCGACGCAGAUAAGGCAUUCCAAAAUCUUAAGGCCGUCAUGAUUUCUCCUCCCGUAUUGCGCUUGCCCGAUUUUCACGAGGUUUUUGUCCUCGAAACAGAUGCAUCCAGUGAGGGGGUAGGUGCGGUCCUCAGGCAACAGGGCCAUCCAAUUACCUUUUAUAGCAAGAAGUUGGGUCCUCGUCGACGUUUAACAUCGACAUACCAUAAAGAAUUAUAUGCUAUCGUGGAGGCGGUGCAUAAAUGGCGCCAAUAUUUGCUUGGCCGGGAGUUCGUCAUUCGCACCGAUCAGAAGAGUCUUAAAGAGUUAUUAUUUCAGAUAGUUCAAACACCGGAGCAACAAUUUUAUAUUCGCAAGCUUAUGGGUUUCAAAUUCCGCAUUGAAUACAAACGAGGUGCCACGAACCGAGCCGCGGACGCAUUGUCACGUAGGGACAACGAUGAGGAUCCUGCUGUCUUAUUCCAGCACUAUGCUCAGCCGCUGCCCACUAUUCUCCACCAGAUUCGCGCAGAGAAUGCCACAGACCCUGACCUCGUUGAAUUACAUGCGGCUGCAUCCACGGGAACUCUGCCGGCGCCUUAUAUUAUUCAUGAUGGGGUCCUUUACUACCACCAUCGCAUCUGCCUUAGGAAGAAUUCAGCUCUUAAAUCCCCUAUCUUGACGGAGUUUCAUGCCUCACCGAGCGCGGGACACCCGGGGGUUGAGCGCACGUUUCGUAGGGUGGCGGGGGUUUUCUUCUGGCCGCAUAUGCGCAGGGAUGUUCGGGCAUUUGUGGAGGCCUGCUCAACGUGUCAAGCCACCAAAUACCUCACACAACGGCCCGCGGGCAUCAAGAUGACGGCUUUCCGGGCACUUUAUGGUCAUGAACCCCCGAGUUUAGUGCCGUACACGGUGGGAACGAGCAAAGUGCAGGCGGUGGACUCUUAUUUGCAAGAAAGGGGGGAGAUCCUACGCCACCUCAAGCACAAUUUGAGAAGCAUGCAGCAACAGAUGGCUGCCAGCGCUAAUCGACAUCGCCGUCAUGUGGAAUUUCAAGUCGGUGAUCUGGUGCUUCUCCGGUUACAACCGCACCGGCAGUUUUCGGUGGCCAAACAUCGGUCGGCCAAGUUGGCCAGGCUAUAUUAUGGGCCAUUCCCCGUGGUCGAGCGAGUCGGGCAGGUGGCGUACAAAUUACAGCUUCCGGACGGUUCAAAAAUCCACAACGUCUUCCAUGUCUCUCUAUUACGGCCAUACAUCUCGGACAGCUCCACCCCACCGAUCUCUACGCUGCCAUCCGAGUUUCACGAAGGGGCGCCUCUGUCAGUCCCUCAACGAGCAGUAGAUACACGCAAGGUCUUGGUCCAGGGUGCCUUACAGGAGCAAUGGCUCGUCGUCUGGUCCGAUGGUAGUCUCGUCGACGCCACGUGGGAACCCGUUGACUAUUUGAAAACCAAGUAUCCGGAUUUGGUCCUUGAGGACAAGGACGCUUUGGUCGGCGAGGCAGAUGAUACGCCCCAACAGGGGGCGAGUUAGUGGAACGUACGGGGAGCCCAACAACACGACAGGAACUACGGCGUUCGGGCCGCGUGCCUAGACCACCGGCCCGACUUCGGGAUUAUGUUUGAUUUUUUAAUAUACUUCUUUAUUAUUGUAUUUUAGAUUUUCUUUAGGUGAGCGAAUUAUAAGCUCCUUCGAGAGUUUCUUUUCGGUUCUUUACCUCGAUACUUUUCUUGAACCGACAGGAUUAGGGUUACUUUUCAUUCGCUAUUUAUACUCGUGUAUUUGGGUUAUUCACGCAUGCAUGAAUGAAAAAGUAAUUUAGUUAGUAAAUUUUAGUCUUCCAA